UUGACGUCUUUCAUUUUUGAUUUUGUCUAUAAAAAAAAUGUGUAAAAUCUGAAAUCGUCAAAUAUCAAAGUUUUUGGAAUUUCCAUUUAUUUCACAGAUUUAUUUUAAUUUCAAAUUUACAAAAUCAAAACAUGGCUUCUAAAGAAGGCGACAAAAAUAAAAGCUCUCAAGGUGACAAUAAAGAAAAACGUAGAAAAGAGUCAAUCUUAGACCUAAGUAAAUAUCUUGAAAAGAGUAUACGUGUGAAAUUCGCUGGUGGUCGAGAAGCGGCCGGUAUACUGAAAGGUUAUGAUCCUCUUUUGAAUUUGGUACUGGAUAACACCACGGAAUAUCUAAGAGAUCCUGAUGACCCCUACAAACUAUUGGAAGAUACUAGAGCACUAGGUUUAGUUGUGUGCCGCGGCACAUCUGUUGUACUCAUAUGCCCCAUGGACGGAAUGGAGGCAAUUCCAAACCCUUUCAUCACCCAGGAAGGAUAGCUGUAUAUUAUAUUUUGUUUUUUCUAUUAUAGCUCUUAAUAUAGAAUAUAAGUAAAUGAUAAGGUAAAAAUUACAUUUAAUAUAAAAAAAAAAAUUCUA